CGGCCUCUCAGCGGUUCACCCUGCCCACCAGCAGCUCAGGAGGAGCUGUCAAGCAGGAGAACUUUGUGCUGAGCACAUCGGGCCCAAAUCCAGGGCUAAUAGAGCCAGACCUAUGCGGUUUUCUACUCCAAUCUGCACUGCAGGCAGCGGUUCCUGCCCACACUGCCGGAGCCAUUCGUGCAGGAGGAGGGCGGCCGGUUCUGGGGAACGGAGUUACGAGACCCGGCUUCUGCUCUCCGCUCAGCUUCCGACUGUGAUCGCGGGCAGACCCUCUGCGUGCCUUUGCCUUCCGCAGACCUGCACGAGUGAACUCCUCUCCCGCUGCCAGUUCCCUUCUCCAGCGCCUGAAACGGGUGAAUCUGGUCAAGGAGAUUGUCCUGUCCCAGGCUUUCAGUUCUUGAGAUCCCCCUCAGCCACCGAAGCGCGCUGUCCCGGAGGGGCUGCCCGGCACCUUGAAGCGCCGGGCCGGGCCUGGCCUGCCGAGAGCCCGGCGGCUCCAGCCGUGGCUCAGGCCCACAGCCGACCCCGAGAGGUCUGCCGGCACCUCCGGGCGGGCCAGAGCCGGCAGCAACGUGCAGGGCCGCCUGGGGCUGCUGCCUGUCGGAGCGGUUCCGAGGGCGACUGGGCCGGAGCGAGGAGCCGGCCGCGGCACAAGCGUUCCGCCGCGGCACAAGCGUUCCGCCGCGGCCCCGGCCCCGGAGCGGGGCGGCUUCCGGGCGGCACGGGAAGCGGCGGGCGGCGCGGCGGGCUCCCGGCGCAGCGCUCGGCCCCGCCGGCAGCCGCCAUGGCCCGCAAGAAGCUGCACCGGCCCAUCGCCGCCAUGGCCAAGAAGAUCCGCGAGUACCGGGCGCUGAAGAACCGGCCGCGGGACUCGCAGCGCUUCGCCCUGGACUACGAGACGAUGCGGCGGCCGCUGACGCAGAAGCGGCUGCCGGUGCGGGCCUGGGAGGACGCGCGGAACGAGAACCGGCUCUUCGCGCUGCUCUGCCGCCUCCCGCGCUUCGGCGUGGGCCGCACCGUCACCCGCAAGUCCUGGCUGUGGGAGCACGACGAGCCCUGCUACUGGGUCAUCACCAAGGUGAAGGCGGACUACACGGCCGAGAACAUGGAUCACGGAAGAGCUUGGGGCUACCUGACCUUCAGAGCCCUCACAGAACACUGGGGGAGAGCCAGCGGAGGCUGACCGUGGGGAGCUAACAGCAGGUUAGGUGAGGCAACAGACUGUUUUGAGAGUUCAAAAGCAAGACACAGAAUGAACCCAUGCUAGUGUUCCAGGUAAAAUCGUCAGUAAAACAGGAGCGAUGGCAUGUAAACUUACAUUACUGGGAUUUUAAAUUAACGCUUUGAG